AUGAAACUUGUACAAAAAAAUGUGGAGAAGGAUGGAGGAGGGAGUGUUACGCUGGUUCCGGAGGAGCCGGAGGAUAUGUGGCACGCUUACAAUCUUAUAAGUGAGGGUGACUCAGUCCGUGCGUCCACCAUACGAAAGGUGCAAAAUGAGUCUGCAACAGGAUCAUCUACAAGCAACCGCGUUCGAACCACCCUUACUAUCAGUGUAGAAACAAUUGAAUAUGACGUUCAGGGCUGCAUGCUUCGAUUGAAAGGAAGAAAUGUGGAAGAAAACCAAUACGUUAAGAUGGGAGCCUACCACACAUUGGACUUGGAACAAAACAGAAAAUUUGUCUUAUUUAAACGGGAAUGGGACUCCAUUGCACUAGAGCGGGUAGACAUAGCAUGUGAUCCUACUAAGAACACAGAUUUGGCAGCUGUUAUCAUGCAAGAUGGCCUUGCUCACAUCUGCUUGAUAAUGGCAUCCAUGACAUUAGUCAGAGCUAAAAUUGAACAGGCCAUCCCAAGAAAACGAAAAGGAAAUGUAACACAACAUGAAAAGGGCCUUGCUAAGUUUUUUGAAAGCGUGAUGCAAGGUAUACUCCGGCAUGUUGAUUUUGAUGUAGUUAAAUGUGUUAUCAUAGCAAGCCCUGGGUUUGUAAGGGACGCAUUCUUUGAGUAUGUGAUGCAGCAAGCAGUUAAAACUGACAAUAAGGUCCUAUUGGAAAACAAAGGGAAAUUCCUCCUUAUUCAUUCCUCUAGUGGGUUCAAGCAUUCAUUAAAAGAGGUACUUGCAGAUCCCAGUGUUGUGGCCAAAGUGUCUGAUACUAAAGCAAUGGGGGAAGUCCGGGCUAUGGAACAGUUUUACACUAUGCUUCAAGUUGAACCAGCCAAAGCCUUCUAUGGCUUGAAACAUAUCCAAAGAGCUUGUGAGGCACAGGCUAUAGAAACUCUUCUCAUUUCUGACAAUCUUUUCAGGUGUCAGGAUGUAAAGGAGAGGAAACAGUAUGUGGCUCUUGUAGAUGGUGUGAGAGAUAUGGGAGGUGACGUGAAGAUAUUCUCAAGUCUCCAUGUGACAGGCGAACAACUAGCCCAAUUGACAGGAAUUGCUGCCAUCCUAAGAUUCCCGAUGCCCGAGCUAGAAGAUGAAGAUAGUGACGCCGAUGAGUGAGGAAUAGAAUUUGCUUUUAAAAUUACCAUGACUACGGGAGUUCAAUAUGUUUUGGCAAUACCUGGUGUAAUCUGAAACCGAUUCCUGUCUCCUACAAACUGGUUAGUAGGGCCUUUAUAGAUGUUAUUUAUAUUGUAUUAUAGUGGUUGGGUGGUUACUAUUGAAAGACUGCAAUUGAAUGAAUUCAAUGAAAUAAAAAGGAAUAAACAAUAAUGAAA